CUGCUAUUUAAUUCCAUGUGAUAAGCCACUUCUUUGAGCUAUCAUUUGUGGCCAGGUUGUUUUGAAAAUGAUCUACGUAGUUCAGUAGGCUUUACCUGGUAAAAUUAAAAAAAAAUAGCGACCUCCAAUGAGCACGGUUGGCUACGUACGACGAUAAACACAUUCUAAAUGCAUAUAUAGCGACCUUUAAAACGAGCUGAAGGCCCAUUUAGAACAAGAGUAUAUUUUAAGUGAGACCUUCAAUGUCUAAAUUACUUUAAAUAAACGUGAUCGUGUGCAUUAUUUUACCCGGGGAAAUCUCAAUGAAACACAAGCACUCUCUGAGGAGUCCUGUAUUGCGUGGUGUUUGAACAAUCGGUUUGAUGACUAGGCUUUAUGUGGGAGGAAACCGGAGUAGCUGUGGAAAUAAAAACCCAAACACCAAGGGGUGUAACACUCAGCCCUGCCAGCUCAUGGCCAAGCUCACGUCCCACGCCUACAAUACCUGCCAAGUCUCCUGUUGCUCACCUAUCUAAAAUACCAGCCCGGGCUCAAUACAGCUUAGCGGUCGCAUUUGGGGUACACGAUUUAAAACAAUGCCCACACCUAAAUGCUGAACAGCCGAGGCUGUCGCUACAGUUCGUCGCUUGUCCAGUAAAUUCGUUGUAUUUUUAAGUCGGCGUGGAGUGUUUUUUUUAUUGGUCGAGAUCCACCAUUCUCAAAGCCUCUGCGUUACGCGAGCGUUUGACGAGGAGCUGCCCUCGCGAAGCGCUGAUUGGCUGAGGGGGCAGGUAAGGCGAGGCCAGGUGAGAAACUUGAGAGCGAGAGAGAGAGAGGCUGUGGUAGAGAGGGGAGGGGGGAAGAGACGAAGCGCGGACAUCAUCGCCACGGAUCCAGGUCGGCUCGUCGGGCACACGAACGCGACUGUGGCUAAAGGGCUUCCUCCCAACAACACCGAGGCCGAAGUCCUGCAGACAUGGGAGACACGCUCUCCACUCAGCUGCUGGACGAGGGCACGCGGAGACUCGUGAGCGAGAGGACCCAAAGGUGCCUGGAGAAGCUGGGCCGGCUGUACAAGCAGCAGUAUGCCGUGGCGCUCUUCAACUCCGUGCGGAGCCAAAUGGACGAGCGGUCUGAACCUCAGCCACAGCUCGUGCCACGCAAGACCCCGCUGAAGCUGCAAGCCUCUUGGGAGGGCUACGUGUUCCAAUACCUGCCCAGCAAGAAGAAGUGGAAGGAGCAAUAUUUUGUGGUACAAACUGACUACCAAGUGGCCUACUAUGAGACCAAGCAGGCCUACAAGGACGGCGCGGAGCCCAGCGGGGUGCUGUGGUGCGCCGGCUUCCAGGUGCUACCGUCCCUGCAGAAGUACCAGUCCCUGGUGGCCGUCUCCCCCAAUGCAGAACCUAAGGGCAAGGUGAGUGGCUCCCCACUGUUGCACUGCCCGACCCCGUACGCCAUCUACCUGCUCCACCCGUACCGUGAGCAUGUCUACCUAUGCACCCAGACGGCCGAACGGCACUCCGAGUGCCACGCCGCCCUCAAAGACUCCAUCCGGCACGUCAACGCAGCGGGCGUUUCCGAAAAGGUGGAAGUGCUGGCGCUGCGCGAGAGCGUGCGUCUCUACCGGCAGGAGGGCGGCGAGUUCGGCACGUGGGCCAUGUGUACCGGCACCGAGGUGGAGAUCCUCAGUAACCUGGUGAUGGAAGAUGUCCUCCCCGUGGUGCAGACCAACUUGAAGUCCAAGCUGCGUGGAAAACCGAGCGACCAGCUCAAGGCGUGGAUCCAGGUGAAGGACAGCAUCUACGGGCAGGUGCGUAGCCAGGUGAAGCCCAGCUACCAGGCGCUCGUCAAGGAGUGCGCCGAGGGCCGCCCGAGGGUCGAAGGGCUCGUCCGCUCCGACCUCAACGAGAUCCUCGCCUGCAAGGAGCGGCUGCAGCGCAAGAUCCGAGCCUGGGUCGCCCCCAGCGCCGAGCCGUUCUGGAGGAGCCAGGUGCAGCAGGAUUUGCCGACUCUGCUCGAGAGCCUCGCGGACCCCGUGGGCGAGGGCUUCUCCCAGCUGCACGUACUCUUCGUCAGCAAAACCGCCGAGAUCAUCGCCGAGGUCAAGAACGGCGCCAAUAACGACCAGAUCGGCAAGCUGAUGUCCAAGCUGAAGGUUCUUCCGUACAACGUGGUGGCCAUGCAGCCCAGCUACAAGAAUGUGGAGGGGCUGCGGGACCACAAAGAGAGGCUGCGUCAGACGUUCAAUUUCACGACGCUCGACACGCUCAUCGACCACGCUCAGCGACUCAUGCAGCAGUUGCUGGACAGCGCUGUGCACACGUUUGAGCAGCUGACACAUCACAACAUGUCCAAGGCUUCCGGGAAUGCACUGACAUCCCUGCUGCAAAAGGCACAGGACCGUGUGCUCAAGAAAUACGACUAUGACAGCAGCACUGUGAGGAAGAAGUUCUUCCAAGAGGCUUUGCUACAAAUCACCUUCCCAUGUGUUCUCAAGAAGCUGGCACCCACUUGUAAACAGGGCCUCGGUAAAUUUGAAGAGGACAUCUACACAGAGUACGCGCGGGUCCUCUUCCUCCGAAACAUCUAUGAGGAGGCCCUCCUGCAGAUUGUGGCACCUGACAUCGCGAAGGUGAUUCGAGCAGCCACGAACCAGAACAAGCACAAGCUCUUCCGUGACAGCGUGAUGAUACCGGCAGACAGUGAGCCAAACCUGCUGGCGCGUCUCGCCAACGAGCAGACGCCCUGGAAGGCCGCUCGUUUCAGCGCCUUCAACCCACAGGCGCGCUCCUCUGAUGACCUCGAUAGGGAGCCAGGUGAGAUCGCCAUCGAGGAAGAAGAGGAGGAGGAGAGCCCGGAAAAUAGAUCACCGGUCGCCGCGAGCAACUCGCCCUCGGUCACGCCGAAGAAGGAAGCGGUCUCUGCUUCCGCGGGAGAAUUUGAAAGUGAGCGAGAGAAGCAUCGGAAAGUUGAAAUCCCACAGGUGGUGCUGCACAAGGCGCCCUCUCUAGAGCAAGAAGGGUUUGACGUUUCGGAAGACAGCGUUUUUGACAGCGACCUUGAGGACGGCUUCGGUGAAUCUCCGGCAGUGGCGCGUCGAGCCGCCUCCCCGAAGCACCAGAGCCCGGGCAAAGGCGCCGGCACGGAUGCGCCCACGCAGACGAUGACCCUACUCGAUCAGGCCGACCCAAAGUGGCACCGCAAUUCGGACGGUGACGUCUCAGAGAUUCUGGAUGCCUUGACCGUGGUGCGCCUGCCGGUCGAGGAGUUUUCGGACGUUGGUGCCCCGACGGUGAUGCCGGGGGGCAGCAGGAAGAAGUUAAGCUCGUCAUCUUACAGAGGUUCAACGGAGGAUGCACACACCGAGGUCGAGGUGGAGUAUAGGUCUCUGCAGGACAAUGUGGAUGGCAAAGGAGGCGAUGCGCGCGGUCGUGAUGAACAGCAGGAAAAUGGGAAUGUGUGCAAUGGGUUUGCCAAUGCCUCCCCAGCCCUUGAAAAAAACGAUGAUGAUGAUGAUGAUGAAGAAGAAGAGGCAAACGAUUCUGUUUUUUAGCAACUGUGAAAUUAUAAUUUUACAGCGGAGCACAAAACCUGACAACGGCCAUUUUUGCUACUUUGUUAAAUGUUAGAGGAGCAACAUAGGUAUUAUAAAUAUGCUUCAUUUUUCUUAAAUGGAAAGAGGUGAUUCAUUAUGGGGAAUGUUCAACGUGUAAGCAAGUUUCAGACAAUUUGCCAGUUUCCACCACUCCACUUGCCACUUCUAAACUUGUAAAUAGAAACAAUGACAAACGAAUCAUACAAUUGCUAUUACAAGGAAGGUCUUUUUUUUUGCUUUUUAUUCAAAUAACUUGGUAUAUUACUAAGGGGGGUUUAUUGUUACAAGAGUGAGUAUUAAAAUGUCACCAUGUUUGAUUCAUUGCCACUCCACAGCUACAGAAAAAAAAGGUAUUUUUACAUUGUGAACAGAAACAAUCAUGUAAAUUGUGGCAAUUUUUUUUGUUAUACAUGCAUUCUGUAUGAAUAGUUUUUAGCAGCAAUAUUUUCACAGGGAUUAUUUCUUUUCUAAAAAAUGUUGCAUGACGCAUUUUUUCCAGCGCGCAGGUAUUCUUAGUAUCAGAAAAUGUUCCUUUAAAACGUAAUUAUAUUACAGCACACCAUCGCAAGUGGCACCACACGAAGUAACCAAUUUUCGUUUCGUUCAUAUUUCUGCUUGCAUUGUAAAUGUGGUUGUCAAUUUUUGUUCUAUGGAUGGAAAAGUAUUUUAACCCUGCUGCAACACAAAGUAAUGCUAAUUCCCAUUAUUGCGUAUUCUUGCAUGCUUCAGUGUUCAUCAUAGUGUAUGUGUAAUAUUUUAUUCGCAUUUAAGUACACAGGGAAAUUUGUAUUUUGUCAUGCUGUGAUGUUAAUGUAUUUUAAGCUUUUAAUUUUAUCGCUUGAACAUUUAAAUCGGGCUUAUUUAUUAGCAAAAGUACAAGGGAAAUAUGACUGACGUACAUUUGUUGGCAUAUGACGUUCUUAAUCAUGGCCAGCAAUGUAUAAAUGCCUUUUGACCAACAUUUACAUUAUCAUUACUGUACAUAUUACUUUUAAUCUUCAACAUUUAAUUUAAAUCCCCCCUCUAUUUUUGCCAACUCUAUUUAAAUACUGUAAUGCUCAUUUAGCAAUAAAGGGAACGUUGCUACAUAGUAAGUGAAAUAUGUGCUUAGUAUUGUUAGAAUUUUAUUGUUGCCAGUGACUGACGUGAUGUGAUCGGAUGGAGCCUCGAAUUCACCUGCAAUUUAUGCCUAUACACGAGACGGCCUUGCCCGAGACUACUUCUCACACAGAUGGGAUUUAUGACAUGGCCAAGUGAUAAUAUGGCUUAGCGGAAGUGCAGUUUACCACUUGUAGCAAAGGUUUGCGGUUCUAGCCCUGCUGUCACCCUGGUUAAUAAUGUGGAUGUAUUCAUUGUUAAUGUGCCGUCUCCUUCGCAGGGGAUAUUUAAAAAUAAAUCCCGUGACAUUCGAUAUGGGGUAGGCCAUUUGCUGGUGUCACUGUCCAUAUUUGAAAAAUUACCCACAAAUUACUCAAUUGGGAGGACACGUAGCAAUACCGCCCCCCACCCACCCCUACUGCAGAAUGUGCCUGUGAAACAUGGUGCCUGUGAAACAUGGUGCCUGUGAAACAUGGUGCCUGUGAAACAUGGUGCCUGUGAAACAUGGUGCCUGUGAAACAUGGUGCCUGUGAAACAUGGUGCCUGUGAAACAUGGCACCUUCUUGAGAGCCUUGCACACCUAAGAAUGGUGCAAAUACAAAAUGCACCGAUGAUUUGAUUUGAAGCUAAAUAAAGAAGUCUCGGGCAAUGCUAUUCCAAACCAUAACUGCUAACCGAAACUAUAACGCUACACAAAAGCUAAAGAAGCAGUGACCCUUUAUAUUUCAUUUGCUGAAAGUGAAAGAAAGGGCAAUUGGAACGGACCACCAACAGCUAAAGUCUAUGAUUGAAUGAGGACAUCGUAUCUACGGUUGAAUACAAAUCUGCGUGAACAGAUAUGGUUUCUUUGCCUGUAUCUGUGGUGAUAGCAGUCCCUCCCCAAAGGGUUUUAAAUAUCUGCAUUAAACAAUGCUGGCGAAAAAUUUUGAUUGAAAGCUUUCGUGACUGCAGGGAUUCAUAUUCUUGGUUCUUCGGUAAAGUCACCACGUAGAAGCGAAACAAUAAAAUAAUAAUUGUAUUGUUUUAUAUUUGUAUUAUGUUAUUGUUUUCCCCUUCUACGUGACUUUACCGAAAGAACCAAGAUAAAUGCUGGCGUACUUCAAUAAUGUGUCGAGUGUAAUUUAUUGUUCAAGGCACCAUUUAAGAACAGGUAUAAAGAUAACAUCUGUGAACAGCUAAUUAAAACAAUUAACACUGGUUUUAAACAUGAUUUGAAGCUUCCGUGACUGCAGGAAUUACUCUAUGGUUCUUUCGGUAAAGUCACGUGUAGAAAAAAAUAAUAAUAGAGUACGACAUUUCGAUUGCAACACGAGCAACCAUAAUCAGGUAGAACUGCAUUUGAGAGAGAUACACUCUGUCUCUUUCUGCUUGAGUGUCUGUCUGUGUCUGUGUUUUGUGUCUCUCUCAAAUACAGUUCUACCUGAUGACGGUUGCUUGUGUUCCAAUCGAAACGUCGUACUCUAUUAUUUAAUUUAUUUUCUUUCUACGUGACUUUACCGAAAGAACCAAAGAGUAACACUGGUUUUAAUAAAAAAAAGUAUAUAUAUUCCGUUGGUACAAGACAUUUAAAAAAGUAGUAAACAAAUAGCUAAAUAGUAUUGCGCGUAGCUUUGUAAACAUACGUACAAUUUUUUUAAAUGAAUGUGAACAAGCCACAUCAGUCUGAAAAUAAUUAAUGUUUUCAUAAAUCAACCGGUUAACCAAAACCGUUAACAUACAUGUCAACACCCGAUCAGUGGCUACCUUAUUACAGAACAAUUCAGACCUUAUUGGUCACCCCGUGCCCUUAUAAAUCUCAGCGUUCAUCUUACAAUCCCAUCACAAGGGAGAAACACAUAUAAACAAAAAAUAAAGGUUGCCCGUAUUGGAACGGCUGUACGCCGUAUGGACCUGAAAACCUGUACAAGAAUACAGGGUAAACCGUAUGGGUUUACAGAUAUGCGUUAAAAUAAAUUUGGGUUGUA